AUGGCGCCAAGGCAGCAGAAAUCUACACCGAAUGGAGAUAAGGCGUCAACCACGAAGGUGGCCCUGCGCCGCCGGCUCCCAGUGACCGCCAUCUCCACGGCAUCUGCAAGCUCCGAAACGGUUUCGACAACGACGACGCUACAGACAAAAACGCCGGCUUCGAAAAAACCUAUCGCUACUAAGGCAAAGAAUGCAAAAAGAGAGCCUCCGAGCCGCACGGCCCAGUCCUCCUCGGGCAGCAGUGAUGGCAAGCGUAGGACCCCAAAGAAACGUCAGCCACGCAGAUCCUCGUCAUCCUCCAGAGACGGCAGAAGGGGCCGCAUCGGAAGGCACGACAGUUCCUGGGCAACUUCGUCGACCCGCAGCAGUCUGGCCACGCGCCGGUCCAGGGGCAAGUGGUCGUCGGACCCUUCGUCGAGCGGUACGUCAUUGACUUCGAGCACUUCGAGGAGCAAUGCCACGUGGCUAACUACGCCGGGGCGCCCCUCGUCGCGUUACACCACCGACGGAAGCUCGAGUGAGCGGAGGAGCUGGCGCAAUUCAAAGGUGACCUCUUCAGCCCACAUACGUGGAAACAAGCGCGGCGCUCGAAGCCAUCUGUCGGGAACCAUGUCUGACAGCGCCAGCACUGUGGCAGACGAGCGCACCUCGAAGCGCCGUCGCAAGUUGGCGGUCACUCGUCCGCUCGAAAAUCGGUCCAGCAGAGGGUCCAGCAGCGCGUCCAGCAGCACAGCCAGCGGGCGCAGUGUGAGGCACGGCAACAAGGCCGCUUGGUCCAAAAAGCCGAAGCGACGAAGCCGGUCGAGCAGCUUGUCCGACAGCGCCAGUAGCAGCACAGGCUACGAGAGCUCCCUUAAACGCGGUCGCAAGACUGCCAGCACUUUGUCCAAAAGGAAAAUCGUCACCGGGUUGGUGCCCCUAGUCCAGGGCCCCACUGAGGGUAGCUGCCGUGCGAGCACGCCUUACUAG